AUAAGGAAGUGAUCUAAAAUAUGUCUUAAACCGAUAAAUGUAUAUAAUGACUGGACCUUUGCCAUAAACGGAAGUAUGAAUUUUGUUGACAGUUAGGAUAUUAUUAGCUUUCAUUAAUUCGGUUGGAGUAAUUGCAUGCAAAUACUUAUGCGUAUACAUAAUGUAGAUAGCAAUAUUAUGUGUGUAUAAAGUCAAGAAGAUUUCUACUUAAAAUGAAUUAUGUUAGUAUUAUAAUUAUAACUGUUUCGAUAUGUAUCGAACUAGCCGGCGGUUUCUUUGCAAGAUCAUCGCGAGAUGGAAACUGGAAGACGAAAAGCCACUUAGAUAUAACAGCAACGGGAACAGUCAGAGCAAUUAGCAAGUAUAUCAACGCCAAUAAAGGAGUCGGAUCUAUAGAAGAUUUCUUUAGUUAUGAUCCGAAUGGCCAACAGAGAAUGAUGCAGAAAGUCCACGCCUUGAGAACGGCAGUUGCUGAUACACAGAGGAACAAGAAGGAUACAGCAUAUAUUCACUGUCAAGCCGAUCAAAUUUUUCUCGCGCAUAACUUCGUGAAAUCUUGUAAACAGAAAUUGAUUGCGCGAAAAGAUGACCUUGACGAAUUCAUAAUACAUCUUGGUGAAUGCCUCUAUACAAUACAGUCCUUCUAUAGUAAUACGAACUGGGUAGAAAUGUAUGGUGGGGUUGCGUAUGAAGAUUUUGGGAUAAAUGAUUUAAUGGACGUAGCGGCCUUGGAAGAAGACACCUGUUUGGAUAAUGCGGAUUACAAUUCUCAAUGUAAGAACAACAUCAAAGUAAACGGUAAACUGACCAGCGGAUACCAUCAAGGAAGAGGCAGCACCAAACCUGCAAAGGCAAUUGGUUCAUCAACUGGUAAAUGUAGUCAUGGAGGUCCUGACGAUGACAGCAGAAAGCUUGUGGCCAGAUGUGGCAUCAAUAAGGACUCCAUUACUCCUGAAUGGUCACCACAUUCUCAUUUACACAAACAGGCAUAUACGGCCGCUGUCCAGGCUACAGAGAACUUCCUUGUAGCUAAUGGAACUGGAGUGCUAUACAUUAUUGGGCCAGAAUUAUUUGAAGAUGUAUUUCAUGUUAAAAGACGGAGGAAUAUGACUCUAGCAAUAGCAAUAGACUAUACGGCAUCUAUGACAGACGACAUUGCCGCUGUGAAAACAAAGGUGAUAGAACUGUUAACAGACACCGUCGGAUCUGCCAAUGAACCUGCUGAUUAUGUUCUGUCUUUGUUUCAUGAUCCAGAAACAUUGAAUUCGGCCGAUACGUAUAUUGAUGGAUAUGCAAUGAUUAACAAAGUUCAAACACUCAAAACAGUUCGCAGUAAUGACAGAGACUGUCCUGAAUACGCAGGAUCAGGGACUUUAGCAGCAAUAGAACUGAUGAGAGAUAACUCGCCUCUGUAUGUAUUUACUGAUGCAGACGCAAAAGAUGCUAAUCGCCUUCAAGAAGUUUGUAAUGCAGCCAAAGCAAAGAAUAUACCAGUCUCGUCAUUACUAACUAAUCAAUGUUCUCGAAGAAAACGAUCAUCGUUAGGUCGGGAUGAAAGAUCUGCAUCGUCAUUGUCAUUUUACCAACAAAUAGCAAACGCAACAGGUGGAACUGUCUAUGAAACAGACAAAGAAAACAUUGGCAAUGUCCUGGACACUGUAAUAGGGGAAACAUUUCCGUCUAGUGAAAUAAUAAUAGACUCGCAUGACUGGUUGGCAGGCGAAACUGGCGACCAAAAUGUAACCGUUGAUAGUACUAUUACAGUGCUUAAGAUAAGUGUUACAGGUUCAUCUGCAGAAACAGAUGUCGAUAUAUAUUAUACUAAUGGGACGUUGGAGACAUACACAUCUGGAAUGUCAACAAGAAUAUAUACCUCAUCAGGCAAAACCAUUAUAUCAAUCCAGCAUCCUCCAGGUAGUAUCAUGAAAUUAAGAAGGAAUGUCAUUAGCGAUUGGAAAGUGAAUAUUACAGCACAGAGUGCUAUCAAUGUUGACGGUGAAAUUUUGGAGCAGUCAGAUACUGGUGAGAUGUUCUCUCUGAAAGGCAACCCAAUUUCGGAUAACAACUAUACUGUUUCUUUGGUCGUGUAUAACUUGGGACCAAAUGGCACAUGUCACAACAUUGCAUUGACCGAUAGUACCGGAAAUGUUAUAUCGUCACACGAGGCUUCACAGCUGCAACGAGAUUUCGAUACUUUGUGUGCUGCAACUUUCAGAACGCCAUAUGCUGAAUUCCAAUUUAAACUAUAUGGAAAUGAUGACAGUGGGAGAUCAUUCACAAGAAAGCUCUCGGAACUUCACAAACAUUCAAGUGUUGAACUACAAAUUACAGCAUCCAAAGAUGACGUAAUAAUUGGAAAAGAAAGGCUUAUUGGUUAUGAGGUUUUAAAUCGCGGUGCUGUGACAGAGACCUAUAAUGUGAUAAUAUCAGACGACCAUUCAUUUGUCCAAGGAACCACAGCUGUAGAGCAUACCCUUCUUCCUGGAGAUGGUGCUAAUGGAACCUUUGCUGUAAAGCCUACCACACCCUCUGUUAUAUUCUCGUAUACGAUAUCAGUUGCAAUUAUAUCAACUGGAGAGGUUCAACAGAGUAUCACCAGGAAACUUGUGGUAACAGAUGUUGAGAGGCCUGAUUGUACUGUUGUACAUACGGAUGGAAUAUGUGGUAUAUCGUCGCUAAAUACAGCUAAUUGUUCUGUGUACAACUGGACAGCUUCAGCUGAAGUGACAUUUUCAGGGACACUGUUAGAGAGUAUAUCAUCAACUGUUGGAAUGUCAGUUAAAUUAGCUCAUGUUAAUAUAACGGGGUUAUCUACUGGACCAAUAGCUGUUAACAUCAGUGGUGACUGUUGUACGCCAUCUGUAUACAUAAAUGUGAUCGAUGUUGAUGGUUUUAUAUCACAGUGUGAUUUAUCUUUUGGAAAUGGACAGUCAGUUCAGUCAGUAGAAGAUGUGUCAGAACCUUCCGGGUCAUCGGGAACAGAUGUCUACACAAUCAUUAUUCUACUGACAGUUUGCGUCAUUCAGUUGUUAUAAUUGUCGUAUUUAGCGGAUUUUCUCUGCGCAUUCACCAGAUUAAGUCGAAAAAUGCAUUAUACAAAUUUGAAGCAAUCCCGAAAGAAUUAUUAAAUGCCGAAAUGAUUUAUAAAAACAAGGAUAAUCUAUUAUUGAACAAUGAUUUAUUAAAACAAAAAUGCUUGUCGUAUAUAAGCUUACAUAAACUGCAAUAGUAAUUAAUGUGAUUAUGUUUAAUGCCAAAGGAGUAGAGCCAGUAACCCCAACUAAACGACCCUGGAAAGGUGUAUUUUUUUUUAUUCAAUUGCUUGAGUUAAUCUUAUUUGCAAGUAUUGCUAAAUGUAUUAUUUUUGAAAGUAUAAAUAAAUAAAAAUAUUUGUGUAUCUG